CGUGAGGACCACCUCUUCUGACCACCUGCCCAGCUCAGAGGACCAGCUGGCAGAGAGGACGCUGCACUGCCCAUGAGGCCAGAGCUACAAGUUGCUUCUAGGAGUGGCUGUGGGCGGAGGCUGGCCGUUCUGAAGGUGGCUGGCGGUGGUUCUGAAGCGUGGCUCCCCCCUACCCCUUUAAUCUGAACAGUCAGGUUCAUGCCACUUGUUAAUUAGCUUUCGGUGGCACCAGGAGUCAUUUUCUGGGGAUAGGCACUUUGGCCGAAGUGUGAGAAGAAGGGGCAGAUCCUCUCUGUUGAUUUAAGGGUCUUCCUGGCUGGUGAAGCCCCUUCCAGACUUGAGGGCAGGGACCAGCGGUCCUCCGGGCUCAGAAGCGGGAAGAAUUGGGAGCCAAAACGCAGACCCCUCUGGUCAGCCCCAAGAGAAGCCUCGGUUUCCCCAGUGCGCCUUCCCCGGCACUCGCCUCGAGGUGGCUCGCCCGCGUUCGUUCCUGCAACUGCAGGGUCGGGAGCCCCUCUCCCGAGCCCAGCCCGCCGGGGGUCUUCCGGGGACACUUCGGAAAGACCUGCAGGACGGCUGGCCUGGAGCUCAGAGCCAGGGUGUGUGCCAUGGCCCCACAUUGGGCUGUCUGGCUGCUGGCAGCAGGGCUGUGGGGCCUGGGCAUCGGGGCUGAGGUGUGGUGGAACCUUGUGCCGCGGAAAACAGUGUUUUCUGGGGAACUGGCCACAGUGGUGCGGCGGUUCUCCCAGACGGGCAUCCAGGACUUCCUGACACUGACGCUGACGGAGCAGACUGGGCUUCUGUACGUGGGGGCCCGUGAGGCCCUGUUUGCCUUCAGCAUGGAGGCCCUGGAGCUGCAAGGAGCGAUCUCCUGGGAGGCCCCCGUGGAGAAGAAGACUGAGUGUAUGCAGAAAGGGAAGAACAACCAGACUGAGUGCUUCAACUUCAUCCGCUUCCUGCAGCCCUACAAUGCCUCCCACCUGUACGUCUGUGGCACCUAUGCCUUCCAGCCCAAGUGCACCUACAUUGACAUGCUCACCUUCACUUUGGAGCGUGGACAGAUUGAGGAUGGGAGGGGGAAGUGUCCCUAUGACCCAGCUAAAGGCCACACUGGCCUCCUUGUGGAUGGUGAGCUGUACUCGGCCACACUCAACAACUUCCUGGGCACAGAGCCCAUUAUCCUGCGUAACAUGGGGCCCCACCACCCUAUGAAGACAGAGUACCUGGCCUUUUGGCUCAACGAACCUCACUUUGUAGGCUCUGCUUACAUACCUGAGAGUGUGGGCAGCUUCACAGGGGACGACGACAAGGUCUACUUCUUCUUCAGGGAGAGGGCAGUGGAGUAUGACUGCUAUGCUGAGCAGGUGGUGGCUCGCGUGGCCCGUGUCUGCAAGGGCGAUAUGGGGGGUGCACGGACCCUGCAGAAGAAGUGGACCACGUUCCUGAAGGCACGGCUGGCAUGCUCUGCCCCAGACUGGCAGCUCUACUUCAACCAGCUGCAGGCAAUGCACACCCUGCAGGACACCUCUUGGCAUAACACCACCUUCUUUGGGGUUUUUAAGGCGCAAUGGGGUGACAUGUACCUGUCGGCCGUCUGUGAGUAUCAGUUGGAAGAGAUCCAGCGGGUGUUUGAGGGCCCCUACAAGGAGUACCAUGAGGAAGCCCAGAAGUGGGACCGCUAUACCGACCCUGUGCCCAGCCCUCGGCCUGGCUCGUGCAUCAAUAACUGGCACCGGCACCACGGCUACACUAGCUCCCUGGAGCUACCCGACAACAUCCUCAACUUCGUCAAGAAGCACCCGCUGUUGGAGGAGCAGGUGAGGCCUCGGUGGAGGCGCCCCCUGCUCGUGAAGAAGGGCACCAACUUCACCCAUUUGGUGGCUGACCGGGUUACAGGGCUUGAUGGAGCUACCUAUACAGUGCUGUUCAUUGGCACAGGAGACGGCUGGCUGCUCAAGGCCGUGAGCCUGGGGCCCUGGGUUCACCUGAUUGAGGAGCUGCAGCUGUUUGACCAGGAGCCAAUGAGAAGCCUGGUUCUGUCUCAGAGCAAGAAGCUGCUCUUUGCUGGCUCCCGCUCUCAGCUGGUGCAGCUGCCCCUGGCCAACUGCAUGAAGUACCGGUCCUGUGCAGACUGUGUCCUCGCCCGAGACCCCUAUUGCGCCUGGAGCGUCAACACCAGCCGCUGUGUGGCCGUGGAUGGCCACUCUGGUUCCCUGCUGAUCCAGCAUGUCAUGAUCUCGGACACCUCAGGCGUCUGUAACCUCCGUGGCAGUAAGAAAGUCAGGCCUACUCCCAAAAACAUCACGGUGGUGGCAGGCACAGACCUGGUGCUGCCCUGCCACCUCUCCUCCAACUUGGCCCGUGCACGCUGGACCUUUGGGGGCCGGGACCUGCCUGCGGAACAUCCCGGCUCCUUCCUCUACGAUGCCCGGCUCCAGGCCCUAGUUGUGAUGGCCGCCCAGCCCCGCCACGCUGGGGCCUACCACUGCUUUUCGGAGGAACAGGGGGAGCGGCUGGCUGCUGAAGGCUACCUUGUGGCUGUUGUGGCAGGUCCAUCAGUGACCUUGGAGGCCCGGGCUCCCCUGGAAAAUCUGGGGCUGGUGUGGCUGGCGGUGGUGGCCCUGGGAGCCGUGUGCCUGGUGCUGCUGCUGCUGGUGCUGUCACUGCGCCGGCGGCUGCGGGAAGAGCUGGAGAAAGGGGCCAAGGCUGCUGAGAGGACCCUGGUGUACCCUCUGGAGCUGCCCAAGGAGCCCACCAGUCCUCCCUUCCGGCCCUGUCCUGAACCAGAUGAGAAACUUUGGGAUCCUGUCGGUUACUACUAUUCAGAUGGCUCCCUUAAGAUAGUGCCUGGGCAUGCCCGGUGCCAGCCUGGUGGGGGGCCCCCUUCACCACCUCCAGGCAUCCCAGGCCAGCCUCUGCCUUCUCCAACUCGGCUUCACCUGGGGGGUGGGCGGAACUCUAAUGCCAAUGGUUACGUACGCUUACAACUAGGAGGGGAGGACCGGGGAGGGCUCGGGCACCCCCUGCCCGAGCUUGCGGAUGAACUGAGACGCAAACUGCAGCAACGCCAGACACUGCCCGACUCCAACCCCGAGGAGUCAUCAGUAUGAGGGGAACCCCCACCGCGUCAGCGGCAAGCGUGGGAGGUGCAGCUCCUACUUUUGCACAGGCACCAGCUACCUCAGGGACAUGGCACGGGCGCCUGCUCUGUCUGGGACAGACACUGCCCAGCACCCACCCGGCCAUGAGGACCUGCUCUGCUCAGCACGGGCACUGCCACUUGGUGUGGCUCACCAGGGCACCAGCCUCGCAGAAGGCAUCUUCCUCCUCUCUGUGAAUCACGGACACGCGGGACCCCAGCCGCCAAAACUUUUUAAGGCAGAAGUUUCAAGAUGUGGGUGUGUUUGUCUGUAUUUGCACGUGUGUUUGUGUGUAUGUGUGUGUGUGUGUGUGCACGUGUGUGCGUGCUGCAGCAUAGCCUUCCUGUUUCUGUCAAGUCUUCCCUUGGCCUGGGUCCUCCUGGUGAGUCAUUGGAGCUAUGAAGGGGAAGGGGUCGGAUCACUUUGCCUCUCCUACCCCCACUGUCCCGAGUGUCGGGCAGCAGUGUACAUAUGGGGGUGGGCAGGGUGCUGUGCCCCUUCACGGGGAGUUCAGGGCUCGGGGUGGGCCUAGUCCUGCUCCUAGGGCUGUGAAUGUUUUCAGGGUGGGGGGAGGGCGAUGAAGCCUCCUGUGUGUUUGGGGGGAAGGGUGGGUUCAGUGGUAUUUUAUACUUGCCCUCUUCCUGUACAGGGCUGAGAAAGGCUGUGUGAGGGGAGAGAAGAAAGAGGGUGGGCCUGCUGUGGACAUUGGCAUACCCUCUUCCAGCCCUAGGAGGAGGGCCUCCUAACGGUGUAACUUAUUGUGUCCCCGCGUAUUUAUUUGUUGUAAAUAUUUGAGUAUUUUUAUAUUGACAAAUAAAAAUGGAGAAAAUGAAACGA